CCUUUACUGCUGCGCCGCUCUCACGCCCUUUUCCCUUCCAUGAAAAGCUCUAUAGUUAUUUUUUACUCCGUCUCUGGUGCCCAGUUUCCACUUCCAGCACGCUCGAGUGUCCACUCGAGAGGUCCUCGACUUCAAGAAACUCGUUCGAUAGCCCGAGGGUGGUGCAGGGCGUUUCAACCCUGACGCUAACUCGGCCUUGCUCCCUCGGACGGUGGUGAGCUGCGAGAUUGACAGGACGAAGCGGUUUUCCCGUGGACGAGCAGAAAUUUCCGGACCGACACGCGGCCGGACGAUGUCACUGUGAAGACGUACGUGCGACGACUCGUCGGACACUUUGCGAUGUGAAUUUCGGCAUAAACUUCCUUCAGGACGUACAAAUCUAGCGCGAUGGCUCACGGUGGAGGCGCGAGCAGCGUCCUGUCGUCGGACAUCAGCCGCAGAAACCCACAGGACGAAUACGAACUCAUCCAACGAAUCGGCAGUGGCACGUACGGAGACGUCUACAAGGCCAAGCGAAUCAAUACUAAUGAAUUUGCUGCAAUCAAAGUAAUCAAACUGGAGCCCGGUGACGACUUCGGUAUUAUACAACAGGAGAUCCUGAUGAUGAAGGACUGCAGACACCCAAACGUAAUUGCCUACUAUGGCAGCUACCUGCGCAAAGACAAACUGUGGAUCUGCAUGGAGUAUUGCGGUGGAGGAUCUUUGCAGGACAUUUAUCACAUUACUGGUCCCUUGAGUGAAUCGCAAAUUGCCUACAUGUGCAAAGAGACACUGCAUGGUCUGUCGUACUUGCACGCCAUGUGCAAAAUGCACCGGGACAUCAAGGGCGCCAACAUCCUGCUAACUGAGGCGGGCGACGUCAAGCUGGCGGACUUUGGCGUCUCAGCCCAAAUCACGGCCACCAUCAACAAGCGAAAGUCUUUCAUUGGCACGCCGUACUGGAUGGCGCCUGAGGUGGCGGCUGUUGAGCGCAAAGGCGGCUACAACCACCUGUGCGACAUUUGGGCCGUCGGCAUCACGGCCAUCGAGUUGGCCGAGCUGCAGCCGCCCAUGUUUGACCUGCACCCAAUGCGCGCCCUUUUCCUCAUGUCCAAGAGUGGCUUCAAACCGCCCACGCUCAAGGACAAGGACAAGUGGAGUCCCACUUUCCACAAUUUUGUUAAGACAGCACUGACUAAGAAUCCAAAGAAAAGACCGACGGCUGAACGCCUUUUAUUGCAUGCAUUUUUUAGCGGAGAUUUAACUAAGCGACUGGCUCUUGAGCUUUUGCAGAGGGUCAGCAACCCACCUCACAUGUUCUCAGAACUGGAUUUAGACGAAGAAGGGGCUGUGUCAUCAAAUGUACCACAAAGAAUAUCAUCAAGAACAACCGUUACAGUACAACAAAGAAACAUAGAGCAAGGCAGUGUUGCUGACCAAAUCCACGGACUGAUCACGCCAUCCCCGCCGCCACCUCUUCCGACAACUGCUCCCCCUGUUUUGCAUCCGUCAGAAGUUUCGCGGCCGUGGGACAUUCUGAACAUCAGCAGUCCUCCUGUGAGCCACACCCAUUGCGAGGCACACAACGACUGGCUCCGGACUAGCAUUCUUGACGAGCACAAUGAAAAGAGCUUGCUCCAGUAUAUUGACGAGGAGCUGGUCUUGAGGGGAAGCACGGCCACCUUGCAGGCUGGCAGAUAUUCUCAGCACGCAACAUUGCUGGCCGGGGAGCCUUGUGAUUCAACUAGUCAAGCAGAAAAGACCUCAAGUGGUUCAGCAAAUAAUCGAAGACACAGUGCGUGUGGUGGUGACCUCGAAGAUGAGGGCCACUUGGACCCACACGCCUUACCAGGGUACGGUCAUCAAGGGCCGCGGCAACGCUCGAUGAGUGACAGCUUUGGCACCCCCAACAAUGGAGACCUCAAUGGCUCCUGCCGCGACUUAGAAAAUGAGGGAGGCGACAUUCUGCCCAACACUCCUCCCAUUCCACCAACAAGGAGGAAUCGGCGUCGACACACCCCACCCAGAACAGUCACCAACGGACUUCCACCUACGCCCAAAGUCCACAUGGGCGCCUGUUUCUCAAAAGUGUUCAAUGGUUGUCCUCUGCAUGUCCACUGCUCGGCCAGCUGGAUCCACCCUGAGACAAGGGACCAGCACAUCCUGAUGGGGGCUGAUGAGGGCAUCUACAUUUUGAAUUUGACUGAGCUGCAUGACGCUGCCAUCGAUCAGAUUUAUCCCAGGCGGACAAUCUGGUUGCAUGUCAUCAAAGACGUUCUCAUGUCGCUUUCAGGCAAAACACCUCAACUGUAUAGACACGACCUUUUGUCCCUUACUUCAAAGCAGUCGCGUCGCUUCUCCCUGACGCGCAUCCCAGAGCGGCUGGUGCCGCGCAAAUUCGCGCUCACCACCAAAGUGCCUGACACGCGUGGUUGCAUGCGCUGCUGCGUCGGCCGCAACCCCUACAAUGGCUACAAGUACUUGUGUGGCGCUGUCCCUUCCUCCGGCAUCUUCCUUAUGCAGUGGUACGAUCCACUGAAUAAAUUUAUGUUGUUGAAGGUAAGCCUUUGUAUUAAGAUAAUAAAUUUGGAAAAAAAAAUUCUGUUAUCUGACCAGCAUUUCGAGUGCAACCUGCCGUCGCCACUCAAUGUUUUUGAAAUGAUCAUCACACCUGAACUUGAAUACCCAAUGGUGUGUGUCAAUGUUAAGCAGACUUACAAUUCUGAUGGGCUCAAGCUGGACUUGAUAAAUAUGAACACAGGUGCCAGUUGGUUCCAUUCCGACGAGAUGGAGGAUAUGGACGGCACAGCAACCGUGAUUCCCCGCCGAGAAAAUCUUCAUGUUGUUGGUGUCCACCAGAUGGACGGUGAUGCUAUAGUUGUUUGUUACGAAGGCAAAGUUAAAGUUGUGACUCCUCAAGGGAAACUCCGUGUGAGCAAGAAACUUGUUUCUGAGCUCAAUUUCAAUUUUAAAAUUGACUCCAUAGUCUGCUUGCCGGAUAGCAUUCUGGCGUUUCACAAGCAUGGCAUGACGGGUCGAAGCUUCAAAAAUGGAGAUAUUACCCAGGAAAUUGUUGACCAGAGUCGGAAUUACCGGCUGCUGGGGUCUGACAAGGUUGUUGUACUGGAGAGCCAAAGAGUUCAACCAUUGACGAGAGAGGGAACUUUGACUGAUGAAGGCAAAGACCUGCACAUGCUGGCCGGCCAUGAGGCCAGUUAUUGAAUGCAGGACACCGUAUCAAGGUCUUUGAUGAAGAAAUUUGCCAAGAAAUGUGAUGAACUUGUCGGACGACAUGCUGUUUAAUUAUUUGACGGCUCAUGCUGAUUUUCACGCCAAAGGGCUGACGACCAGUUGCAGCCAUUUUACCUUUUCACACACACUAAUUUUCUCUUUUAUUGUACAUUUUUUUUUGCACAAUUCAUGCUCAAUACUAAAUCUACCUAGUGCCAAGUAUCCUCCUCAUUUCACAUUGACUCGUCUUUUUGAAAUAAUUCCAGUCGACUUUGCGCCCCAUAAUCAACCAUCUGCUGGCCAUUUAGACACCCAGCAGACACCCACUGCUCAACAUAAAAAUAAUUCAUGUUGCAUUUCGUUUGUUUUUCUGUAUCUGCAUGUUUCGAGGUAAUAUUCCCCUUGAGUAAUGUUGAACCCGCAUGAUAUUGUAAAUAAUAUUGUUCUUGCUAAAUUAUUAGACUUUAUGAGAAAAAUCAACAAAAUAUUAUUAUAAAAAAGUAUAUAUCACACUAGCAUUAAGACAAAAAAGGAUUUUAAAAGAGCAUUACAAGCAUAAAAAUAUGAUCACUGUUAGCACUACAGCCCAUUUCAAUGUGUAAUAAUUCAUCCUUGACAGGAAACAAAGUGGAUUUCUUACCUGGAGAUGCUUUCCCCAGUUAUAUCAUUCCCGUUGUUUAAGACUUAAAUGGUCAAAAUUAAUACAAGUACUUCAAUUCCUGAUAUAUUACUUGAUGCAGGUGGAGAGAUAACCAACAGGCUUUAAUUGGAUUUUGUCAAUUCUUGCCGGCACACGAGUUCCUUUUCCUGAUUUUGUGUGAAAAACAAUAUUAUAAUUAGAUCCGAUUGAAGUGGCAUUUAUUAAUCAUGUAAGACUUCACACAACAAAAUAUUAUUUUAUUCUCGUUUGGUGCUUAAAUCUUGCAUCAGUCGACUAAUAAAUUUUUAUUAGGCCUGUUGUGUUGUACAUCUCCGACCGGUUUGAUCUAUCUCGAGUAGCACAUCAUUGCAGUAUCCUUGCAUAUCUAGUCUAGCUGUUUUAAGUCCUGAUCAUGUCUAAUAAAACUACAUGAAUGAGCUGGUACGGGUCGCUUUCUUUCAUUUCAUCAUCUCAUCACGCCUUUAGUUGUUUUAGUUAACAAAUUAUCUUUAUUGACUGAAGAGCAUAAAUUUAUCAACAGAUGAUAUCAUAAGGAGAUUUACAAAAGACAAGAAUGGUUCGUUUUUCACUAUGUAAUAUUACGAAGUAUUCGCCACUGGCAAUUCCGCUGCCGGCGGCAUGUCGCCGUAACAGUGUUUGGCCCGCGGAUCACGGUACGAGUUUUCGUGCUGCACACUUUGCGAACUGGUGCGGCACUUUGCGAGGCACAACUCAAAGUGGUCCGACACUGACGCGAACAGGACGUUCAUAGUCUCCGAUGCUUUCCCCAGCACCGACUGAAGUACAUUUUUCUGCAACAAAAACACCAAUGUUAACCAUCAUUAUUAAAUAACAUUAAAUUUUGAAAAUUGUUAAGAAUUAAAAAUAUCUUUUAACUAUAAACAAUUUUUUUUAACUCGGGCACUCUUACUUUGUCUGGGUGGAGACAACAAGAAAUGCAAUGUUCGUAGAUGCUGCAGCAGUGGUUAUCCUUGCACGUUUCACAUGAGUAUCUUUUAGUCGUAUCUAAAAGUGUAUCACAGCAGCCAGAAGGUAAAAUGUUCCCUCGCAAACAAAUGUAGCCUAA